AUGCCGAUUGCAAUGGAAACAGCAUCGGCGUUGGUAUCAGCCGGAUCCGAAACAGAUUUGACUUCUGAGAAACCAUUGGAUCAGCACCAACAACAAACUUCGCAGACGCAGUUAUCACGUGGUAGUACCUCGCCGGCAACUUCUUCGCCAACAGUCACUGAACAACCAGCUUUGCAAAUUGAUUUGGGCACCAAUCUUUCAGCUAUUCUGAAUGCCACCGCAAAAAAUAGCGACACUAAAAACGAAAAUUCGCCGGCAGUUGGUGACGAUGCUAAUUUAUUAUUGGAACGUGAGCUUGAAAUUCAACAAAAAGCCUUUCAAAGGUUUACUUCCUCAUUAAACGAUCUCGGUUUUCGGUCAACAUUUCCAAUGAACGUUUUUCCGCCAUUUUUGGCAGCCAUGCAGCAGAAUCCGCUAACGCUGCAUAAUCAAUUUGUGGCAACUAGCGGUAGCAAUCCGCGGAGUUCUGGUGUUUCGCCAGGAUUAGACGAUGAUGAUGAUAAUUACGCUCUGGGUAAUCAAAAAGCUGUAUUAGUUACUGAAAAAUUUUUUAGUUUCCGUAAAGAGAAGAAAGAGUGUGGUGCAGGAAGCGGUGUUGGAUGUGCCGGUGAUGAUAACGCUGAUUCGGAUGCCAGUGGCCAACAGAAUUGGUCGUACGAAGAGCAAUUCAAGCAAGUCCGCUUUUUUUGUUUAUUUUGA